AUGUCUUCUGACAACGGCCUCGCAGUAGUCCUAGAAAAGAAGGAGGCCCUUGUGGUGAAGGCCAACGAGUCGACAUACCCUGUACUGCCAUCGCGUUUUGUCAAGGUGCAAGUCAAGUCAACUGGCAUUUGUGGCAGCGACGUGCAUUACCUGAAGCAUGGUGCUAUUGGUGAGUUUGUGGUCAAAUCGCCCAUGAUUCUUGGGCACGAGUCGAGCGGAUCCAUCGUGGAGGUUGCUGAGGAUGUCAAAUUUCGCAGAGUCGGUCAAAGAGUUGCAAUUGAACCAGGCGUACCGUGCAGGAAUUGCUCCUACUGCAGGGAAGGCAUGUACAAUCUCUGCAAGGAAAUGAGAUUUGCUGCUACCCCGCCGAUUGACGGAACUUUGCAGAAAUACUACUUGGUGCCAGAGGAUUUUGUCAAGCCGGUUCCAGACAAUAUGUCGUUUGACGAGGCAGCACUAAUGGAACCCCUGUCUGUCGCGGUACAUGUUGUCAAGAGGCUCAACAUUACCUUUGCUAGCAACAUGGUCAUUUUUGGAGCUGGUGCUAUCGGCUUGCUAUGUGCAGCAGUCGCUCGUGCUCGAGGUGUCGCCAAUAUCUUGCUCAUUGAUGCGAAUGCAAGCAGGCUGAAAUUUGCAGAGUCCUAUAUCAAGGGUGCACAGACAUACUUGCCUCCCCCUAUGCAAAAGGAUGAGACCAAGAUGGACUACUCUAAGCGCAACGCAGCCAAAAUCCUGUCUGAGCACGCUUGGUUGGAACAGUUUGAGGGUGCUCACUGUGUGGUUGAGGCUACUGGCGCAGAGGUAUGCACGCAAACCGGCCUCUUGGUCACUCGCAAGAACGGUGUCUUUCUGCAGGCCGGCAUGGGCCAGGAUACUGCUGUCUUGCCCAUUGCUACCAUUUGUGCUCGCGAAAUAACUGUGCUGGGCUCUUUCCGAUACAACGAAGGCUGCUAUGAACAAGCCAUCAGUCUCGUUGAACGUGGUCUUGUGGAUGUCAGGGCCCUCAUCACGCAUACCUUUGCCUUUGAAGAUGCUGCCAAGGCCUUCGACACGACGGCAGCUGCCGCAGAGGGCACCGUCAAGACUCACUGCAGAUCGCGUUCAGAUUGGAUUCGCCUUUGUCACAACGACCAACUGCAACAAGCGACCGCGACUUCCUGCAUGGAUCCCGAGCGCAGGGAGAAGGAACGCGCCAAGAGGCUAGCAAGACUCGCUGCUGCUUCGCCUUCUUCACCCAGCAGCGAUCAGGAAGCGAUUGCUAGGCCCGAAAAGAGGCAUCAUGUGGAAACGUCAUCGCCAAUACCGACUACAGCGCGUGCGCCAGCUCAGAGCCAGCCGGUAGAGCGUAGCACGCCAGUUCAGAAGACAGAACAACUAGUCAAGCAAGAGCGCGUCAAAGCUCCUGUUGUCGAGCAAUCAAUUGAGGAGUGGAUAUCCACCAUCAUCUCGAAUGUGCUCAAGAUCACACUGGACCCGACACAGGAGGCCAAGUACUACUUAGCGACACUACAUGAAGAGCUGAGUGAGGAGAUGGAAAGCAGUCAAGAAAGUCCAAGUCUAAAUCUCGACACACUAGAUCGAGCCAUUCUUUGCCGACUUGCUGACGAGCUGCCUACAUCGCCAUUUGAAUAUCUCCUAGGCGCAUACAAACAGUGUAACGAGAUUAUGAGGGUUCAGCGUAAAAGUAUGGCAGAACAGCGGGUUGCAGCCAUUGACGAAAUCAAGCGGCUCUGCGUCAGCUAUGCAAGUCUCAGCAUCACCAUGCCUGAACUGCUUGGUGCCAUGCAUCAGCAAGCAGACUUGAUUUCUUUGCUUCUGCGUGAAGAGUCAGAUUCUCGAGGCAUGCCAGGGGAUUUCAUGGCGGACCUCGUAAAGAAGAAUGCUGAGGAUGAUGCGCUCGCAGAAUUCUUUGAGCCCCUCUUUAAUGACCUGUCCAGCUCUGUAGGUCGUUUGCGACUGACAGCCAACUUUUACCGCCACUUUGCAGUCUUGCGUAUGCUAUUGCAGCACAGCCAGCUAGCCCAGCUUUUUGUUACGCUGCCCAAGUUUUUCGACUCUGGCAACAGCCCAGCUGACAUGGAGCAUGUUUCACUACUCGGCCCAUUCUUCAAACUUUCUCCUAUUGAUGCUGUCGUUGCGCAAACAACCUUUGCCAACAUGUCUGGCAGCAAUCCUGCACAGCUCAACAAUGCCAUUAGCAGUCUACGAAGUACACUCCCAGUUCUGCAAGCGCAGCUCUUUACCAUUUGCAAUUUGCUGGUUCGACAUUCAGGGGAGACACGUAUGGCGCUUCUUCGCUAUUUUGCCAAAGCAGUCAAUCUCAACCGCAAAAGGCACGCCAUCCAAGUUGAUCCAACCACUGUUUCUUCAGACGGAUUCAUGGUGAACAUUACCGCUGUGCUCAAUCAAUUCGCUGAACCGUUCGUGUCAGACACCAACAAGAUUGAUCGCAUCGAUGUGGCGUACCUGCGCCGAGACUCAUUGAUUGAGCUCGAGGACGAGACGCGGCUGGCCGCUGAUCGUCAAGCAACAACAGAAUACUACGCCAAACGCGAAGAGGGCGAAAGCAACUUCAUUUCUCACAUCUUCUUUCUCAAUGUAGCCUACCACCAUUAUGGACUUGGUGCAACGAUGGCAACGCAUGAAAAGAUGCUCCAGCGUAUGCGUGAUUUGGAAAAGUAUCAUGCUGAGAUGCAAUCGCAGCAACCCUUUCAAGGACCGCAAGCAAUGAUGAUGGUGGCCCAAUUUCAACGUAUCGAGGCCUCUCUCGCCAGAGUACGGGAGAUCUUUUACACUUACGAGACGGUCUUGUGCGACGAAGCGAGCCAGGCGCGUUCAUUCAGCUUUCUGACGCUUGUUGCGUCGUGGCUCAUCAGGCUCGUUGACCGCAAGGGUGCUUAUCCCAAACAGCUUGUCGCACUACCCCUUGUCGACUUGGCUGAAGCAGACGCCUAUCGCAAUCUUCCAGAGUACUUUGUGGAAGACAUUGCCGAAUUCUUCGUGUACGUGUCACGCUUCACGCCAAAGUUGCUGGCUUCGUCGACGAAUACGGAGCUAGUCAUCUUCUCGCUCGUUUUUUUGAAGAGCAGCAACUUCAUCAAGAACCCAUAUUUGAAGGCAAAGCUGGUUGAGGUUUUGUACAAUGGCUCGCGACCACUGAGGCAUGGCGAUACUCAAGGGGCUCUCGGCGGUAUUUUGCAUUCUCACGAGUUUGCCUUGCAACAUCUCUUCCCAACACUCAUGAGCUUCUACAUCGAGGUGGAAAGUACAGGUUUGUCUUCACAAUUCUACGACAAAUUCAACAUUCGCUAUCACAUUUCGCAAAUCUUCAAGACAAUCUGGGACAAUCCUGCGCACAGGAAAAAGCUUGAGGAUGAAUUCAAGACCAACAUCGACUUGUUUGUUCGGUUUGUUGCAUUGCUACUGAACGAUCAGACCUAUCUGCUUGACGAGGCUCUCGCUAAACUGGCAGAGAUUCACAAGCUGCAGCAUGAAUUGCAGGGUGCUGAUGCAACCACGCCGGAGACGCAGGAACAGCAGACCCACUUAUCGCAAUCUGAGCGCUCCGCCACAAGUUAUCUGCAGCUGGGCACUGAGACGCUGAGUAUGCUCAACUUAUUUACUGCUAGUAUCCCUUCUGCAUUCUGCACAGCCGAGAUUGUGGAUCGCCUCGCUGCAAUGCUAGACUACAACUUGGAUGCGCUGGUAGGUCCAAAAUGUACAGGUCUCAAGGUGCAGAACCCUGAAAAGUAUCACUUUGAUCCGAAAGCUCUACUGAAUGGCAUUAUCGGUAUUUUCCUCAAUAUGACAGGUCAGCCUAUUUUCAUCACAGCUGUGGCAAAGGAUGGUCGCUCAUACAAGCGUGACAACUUUGAGCGUGCUCGUGGUAUUCUCAGCAAGUUCGCAUUGAGGAGCAGUACUGAUCUGGAUACGCUCGCUGGGUUCGUUGUGCAAGUGGAAGCCUGCAAGGCUGAACUGGAGCAAAAUGAAGAAGACUUGGGCGAGGUGCCGGAUGAAUUCUUGGAUCCGUUGAUGGGUGAGAUUAUGGUGGAUCCUGUCAUCCUGCCGGCGAGCAAGACAGUGAUCGACCGGGGUACCAUCAAGCGCCACUUGCUGAAUGACGCGACGGAUCCAUUCAACCGGACACCCUUGAAGCUGGAAGAUGUAAUUCCUGCGGACGAUGUGCGUGCUGCGAUUGAGGCGUUUCGUGCGAGCAAGAAGCGUGGGUAG